GGGCUUGAACUUCAACCCAGACGUGCCCGCAAUACGGCACGUUCAUCAUGAAUUCAAAUUGGAAAAGAAGAGUGAGAGACAGAAGAAGGUUCCCUUUUUUUAUCCAGUCCAACGGCACUUUCCUUGCAAAGUUACGAGCCCCCUUCCCAUGAACAUUUUUUAUUUCUUCUUUCGUUUUUAAAUUCGGAAGACUCAAACAUGAUGCUACAAAACUAAACUAACACGCUACUCCAUUGGAACGACUCGACUCGGUCAGUAUAUACCAACUCAAGAAAUCAGAAAACUUCAACCAUAACAUGUUUUCAAACUACAACUUGCGGUGAGCUGUCUUAUUAUUACAUCUCUCACACUUUAAAACUCUCUCAAAUCAAAUCCCAGAAAACAGAGACAGAAGCCAUGGAUUUGAACUGGGUUAUCAUUUUUGUCAUGUUUACGCUGAUGCCUUUCGUGAUCUGUCAAACCACACCAACGGCCGAGGCUCCAGCGCCGGCGGCGGAUUUGUGCAACGGGGUGUUCUUGACAUACAAUUACACUGGCGGAUCGAAGUUGGCGCCGGACAAUCCGAGUCACCAAGCGUACCGGUUCGAGUCAACUUUAACAGUGUUGAAUAACGGACUCGAUGAGCUCAAGUCAUGGAUGGUGUUCGUUGGGUUUCAGCAUGAGGAGUUGUUGGUUUCAGCUUCGAACGCGGUGUUAUAUGAUGGGAGUAGCUUGCCAGCGAGUGUUGGAAACGGUACCAUUUUUGCUGGGUACCCGACGACAGACUUGAACACGGCCAUAGAGACGGCGGGUGAUUUGGCGCAGAUGCAGGUGCAGGUUCAGAUGGUGGGAACGCAGUUUGGUGUUGAAUCGCCCGCUGUGCCUAUGCCCAAGAAUAUUAGUCUUGCUAAUGAUGGUUACUUGUGCCCUCAAGCUACUUUGCAAGGAACAAGUCAGAUGCAAGUUUGUUGCACUAGAGAUGUGAAUGCUACAUCAAACGUCACAGUGGAUGAUGAUUUCCUACCACGCCAAAAUGGGGAUCUUACAAUCAUGUAUGAUGUGAUCAGCACAUAUGACUCAAAUUACUGGGCACAGGUUACAAUUGCAAACCUCAACCCCCUUGGCCGUCUUGAUAAUUGGAAAUUGAGCUGGGACUGGAUGAAUGACGAGUUUAUCUACACUAUGAAAGGGGCUUACCCAUAUGUUGCUGAUUCAUCAGAAUGUCUUUAUGGCCCCCAAGGUACAUACUACCAGCAACUAGACUUUUCCAAUGUAUUAAAUUGUGAAAGAAGGCCAACCAUUAUCGACCUGCCUCCAACAAAGGCUAAUGACACAACUCUCGGGCUGGUACCUUUUUGUUGCCGAAAUGGAACUCUCUUGUCGCCAUUUAUGGACCCAAGCAAGUCGACUUCAGUUUUCCAAAUGCAGGUGUACAAAAUGCCACCAAAUCUUAACCGAUCCGAUCUUGUCCCACCUCAAAACUGGAAGAUCAAUGGCACUUUCAACCCUAAUUAUCAAUGUGGCCCUCCGGUGAGGGUGAGCCCUAGCGAAUCCCUUGACUCAAGUGGUGUAUCUAAUAGAACUGCUUUUGCUAGCUGGCAGAUUGUGUGCAAUAUUACAAAGCCAGAAGGGGUGAGCCCAAAAUGCUGCGUAUCAUUCUCUGCAUACUACAAUGAUUCUGUUGUUCCAUGCAAGACUUGUGCAUGUGGGUGCCCCAGUAAUGUAGGGCAAACUUGUAGUACUAGUGCUCCAGCUAUUCUUCUUCCGUCCGAGGCACUCUUACUUCCAUUUGAGAAUCGAACUUCUCUGGCAAUAGCUUGGGCUGAACUUAAGCACAUGACGGUGCCAAAUCCCAUGCCUUGUGGAGAUAAUUGCGGGGUCAGUAUCAAUUGGCAUUUAUACACAGACUACACUGGUGGAUGGACGGCAAGAAUGACCCUUUUCAACUGGGAUGAUACUGCCUUUCCUGAUUGGUUUGCUGCAGUGCAACUGGACAAAGGAGCCCCUGGUUUUGACACUGCAUACUCGUUCAAUGGAAGUGUCUUGGCUAGUGCCAACAAUACCAUAUUCUUACAAGGCCGUACAGGAUUGAACUAUCUUGUGGCAGAAACAGAUGGAGCUAAUCCAGCAAAGGAUCCUAGGGUGCCUGGGAAGCAACAGUCAGUGAUUUCAUUUAAAAAGAAAAAUACCCCUGGAAUCAAUGUGCCUGCUGGAGAUGGGUUUCCAACAAAAGUUUACUUUAAUGGAGAUGAAUGUUCUCUUCCUUCAAUUCUUCCAGCCAGUGACAGUAACAGGAAGGGCCCAGUUCUAAUCCUUUCAGUCCUAGCAACAGUAGUGGUGUUCUUGUUGAUGCAGCAGCAAUAGCUGUUGAUUACAUGAAUGCCAUGAUUUUAAUACCCGGGAUAUAUCUUGCUUGUGACAUUAUGUCUAAUGGGCAUGCUGUUGUUGGAAGUGCAGGUGAAUACGACUACCCUUAUACAAUAUAUUUAUGAAAUGACUGCAGAAUUUCAUGUGAUGUGUACACUAUCAUUGGACAGUAUCGCAUAGUUUGAUUCUUUAUGCUAUUUUUCUACACAGUUAUGCCUUUCUAGGAUGUUGUGAUGGUCAUUUUAUGUUCUCAAAUGGCUUUGUUACUAGAUAUUGUAUUUGGGUUGUAUAAAGCUCCACUGAAUGUUGUACUUAUUAAGUACUUUCUUCACUCUGAUAGAGCUAGUGAGAUAACUGUUUGAAUUGGAAUUAUCAAAACUCAUCAGAGAAUCUUUCGCCUUUAA